AUGGCGUGGAGAUUGUCGUACGAGCGGACUGCAACCAGCACUAUACUUGUCCUCCUGGUACUGUUGGACGCAGCACUAGUGUGGGAGCAUACAACCGCAGCGCCAGUCAAGCGUAAUGACAUCCUAGCUGGCACUGAAUUCCUAUCAGUCUUCAUAAACGGUGCAAUGGCACCAACACCCCGUAGACGUGGCUUCCGACGUGGUUACCAGGUACAGGACAGCGUUGCUGCCGAGUCACGACAGAGUGAGGCCUCAAUAUACCGGAUAUCCCGGGCACCAUCGAGUCCAAGGCCGACGAUAACACGACCCAGUCACCGAGAGAUUGGCGCCAGGCUAUAUCCAAUAAGUCACAAAUCGCUGGAGCACAAUAGACAGAGUUUCACUCCAGUUGUCGAGGAUAUUGGAACGACCGAGGAGAUUGGAUUGAAGUUGAAAGCACCGACACCGGCAACAGGAGGCAGUCAUCAUCAUCACAAUCAUCAUCAUCAUCAGAUAGUGAGGAUCAAUGGUACGCGGGGUUUAGGUAACGGUAAGACUGUUAAUAGAAAGGUCAUCGGGGUCAGCGUGACAUCAACAGUUGAGGCAACACCUUACAAGGUGAGGGUCGAGCACUACGACAACGAUCAGCUCAGCAUGGUGACUAGACCCCCCGCGGAUUUGCCAGCAUCGCAGGGAACUUUUUCUACAGUUAGAACUACGAAGCCUACCUCAACUCUGGGAAUCUCGUCGAGACCUUUCACAACGUCCACAACUACCGUCAGUACAUCAAUAACGAGAGGCUCAACGGCCACAACUCCACCGGCACGAUUGGUCACUGAAGAACUGAGCAACAUUGUUUCUGAGUCAAAUCGCAGUGGCUUCUCGGUUGACGAAGGACUACCAAGAACAAGCUGGCAAGCGAGGUCUUCCGUCACCCCUGGCGUUGGGCCAACAAUUCCUCAUUCGACUCCGUCCUCGAGAUCUCCAAAGGUGGAACUGGACUCAGUGCCCGUUGGAAGUUCCUCAGAACCUGUGGAACAGAGCUACGAGCUUCCUGAGGACAACUCUGAACCUCCGGAGAACCACGAAGAACCUAGGGAAGUCAGUGAGCACCCGCCGCAGGGGCGAAAGGCUGGCAGACAUUACGACACGUCUUUGUAUAAUCAACCCCCUAAAGUCUACCCUCAGCCCUCGAAGAUCUACGGGAAACCUUCCAGGGUUUACUCGGAACCGUCGAAGGUUUAUGGAGAACCAGAGAAGAAUUACGGAGAACCCGCGAAAGUCUACUCGGAGCCUUCGAAAGUCUACAGUGAGCCUUCGAAGAUUUACUCUGAACCAGCGAAAGUGUAUUCAGAGCCAGCGAAAAUCUACGGAGAGCCCGAGAAAAUCUACUCCGAACCAGCCAAGGUUUACUCUGAACCAGCUAGGAUUUAUGGAGAACCCGCGAAAGUUUAUGGAGAGCCGGCUAAAGUUUACAGUGAACCAGCGAAGAUCUACGGCUCUGAUGGAAGACCAGUGGAGCCUGUGGAGCAGAACUAUGAAGUCGAUGAAGCUGUCAGUGUUGGAAGCAAUGGGAAUGUUCAUGGUGUAGUUACCGAGGCAUCGAAUGCGCAGACUGAUGUCGAUGGUCAUAAAGUCGGUUACGUUGUCGAAGGGAGGAACUACAGGAAGUACAGGGUUGAGGAACGAACACCGGAUGGCUUCAUUGUCGGGGAGUAUGGGGUUGUCAGUCAUGAUGAUGGAUCUUUGCGUGGUGUCAGGUACACCGCUGACGGAACCAUCAAUCCUAGGCUCAUCUAUGAUGCACUGAUGAAGUUCCUCGCUUUGUGAGGGGGCUUUUGGAAACUAAAGAAGUAUAGAACGAACUUAGUAGCGAAUUGGUGAAGGAAGAUGAGUUUUGAGUAAAGUACGGAAGCUUUCUCGGGAAUAGUUUAGAAGGUUGGGAUUCAGAAUCAAGUGGUAAGUGAUUACUUGUUUAUGUCAGAAGGUUGACGGAGGUGAUCAGCAGCACAUUGAUUUAUGAAUUUGGUCACAAAGGUUCAGCUAGGGCAGAUCUUCUGAUAUUAACAAAGAGUGAUGAUGUUAUCAUUAAAAAAAACAUCUUUUGGAAGACAUUUAGAAGUCAUGAAUUCCGGAAAGAGUUCUAGCAAUUGGAUUCUUCAUACAAAUAUCCGAAAAACUAAGAAAAAGUUUAAAAACUCCACAAAAUAAGAAGAGAUUGCACACUUCGAAUGCAUUAGGUAUUGUAGGUGCAUUGAGUCAAAUCUAUAAACAAACCGGAUUAUCUCAAAAUGUUGCCCUCACACUGUUGAUUUUAGACCAAAAAAAUUGACAAUGCAUACCUUCUUAACAAACUGCAUCAAAGUAGUCCACUCAAUCGGUGUUAUGACAAGCGCAACAUAGUCUGCAAACCAAAUCAACGACUCUUAGUGUCAAAUCCGGAAAGUCCUCAGCUGAACCUUCCCUGUAGAGAAUUGUAUGAAGUAAAAGAAAGCCUCCUCGACAUUUUACUGUAGAAAUCUGGGACCUCCCAAAAUAGGAAUCACCUUCCUUGAUCAUUUUGCUACAGAAUUGCCUUCGACACGUCGGCGAACGACUGAUUUUAUUAAUUUCUUCGCUCUUGCCAACUCAACUGCCUCAUCUUGUAAUGUUUAAUAGAAUUCUCACUCUAAGAUAAUGCGCCUAGAACAAUGUUCGAUUAUUUCUCAUUUCUGGAAUUCUCGGAUUGAACAUUUUCCUAGGUGUUAGAAACGCUUCUGUGACGAUUUAAUCCACCCGGAAAUGAGGAUCAAAGUGGCCUGAGUCCCAACGACUCCGCUUCUACGACCAUAAAUGGCAAACUCGUCACGGCAGCGUUUCCGGUAACAACCCACGUGUGUUAAACGUCAAAUCAUAAUAUGUAGUAAUUUGAUUUUAUGAUGGAUCACUGGUUAGUUCUUUAAGGACAUUGAAGACGCCGACUCAUUGCAUGGGUUCAACGUCCCAGGAGGUAUCUCAAUAAACGAGAGACGUUUGAUUAAUCUCUAGUAAUAAUCGUAUGAAUAAUAGCGGUAUUUUACGGUAUGUUUUAGUCCAUUGUCUUCAUAUUACCUCAAUCAUUGAGAUAGUUCCUCUUGGAUUGUUUAGUCGUUUUGUUUAUUACGAGUGUCUCAAAAUGUGUGCGUGCGAAUAAUGAGGUGCUCGAUUGUUUUUUAUCUAAUCAUCUGAGGUGCAGUCAUUUCGGCAUUGGCAAUAGCCGUUUUUCAUGGAGACGACGGGAGAACAUGUGUGCAAUUUUUAAAUAUUUAUGAUUAGUGUUAAAUGAACGAAGAUGAUAAUGUGAUGAAAAUGUCUCGAUCGAAAUUAAAAAUGAGAAUGGAAAAGAUAAAUUGCCAAUUGUUAUGAAUAUAUGCUCAACGUUGACGAUUUUAUGAAUGAUGGGAAAAUUAAUUUAUGCAUGGAUGACGAGUUUUUGAAUAGACGGAAUGAAAUUUCACUCAUUGUUCAUUGUAAAUUACAUUGAUUUAUUUAAUAAUCUCAAUCAUUAUCUGGAUUAACGUUUUUUAAAAUUGCGAACUACGAAUGCUCAUACUCGAGAUAGUUUAUUAAUUAAUUGAUAAAUUGAUGAGACAGUGCAGUGUAAGUAAUAUUUACUGUUGUAGAAUGUAUAAAGCUGUGCUACCGCCAUU